CAGAACCUAGCGAGUCUCGUCUUUGAAGUAGAUACCCAUGAGAACGAACCAUCUGAAGUAUCCAAACAACAAGAACAAGGCCAAGAACAAGGCCAAGAACAACAGCAGCAGCAGCAGCAGCAACAACAACAACAACAAGCAACCAGAGAAAUCCCCCGCAUCACAAUUGACGAUCCUGAUCAGAAUCAAACAGUCAAGUACGAUUCCUCGUCUUCUGCUACUGAAACCGAGAUGUCCUCCUCACACCGAUCUUCACAUCACUCUUCCAAGGGAAAACAUCAUUCUUCAAAGUCCAAAACCAAGAAGGACGAUUGGUCAGAUAUCACCGAUCCUGAGGAGAGAAGACGCGUUCAGAAUCGAAUUGCACAAAGAAAAUUUCGAGAUAAGGCCAAAGAGGCCAAGGAACGUCAAGAUAGAGAGGCCGAAAACAGAGCUCAUGCUGGGCAUUCCUACCAUACACCCGAUCCUGGUGAGAUGGGAACAGACGAGGAGCUCUCAGGCCUGCCCUGGGGAUCUUUAUCACUGAGACAUGUGGUUUCCAAGGGCAAGGCAAGAGAAGAGGAGUCCAGAAGAGGAUCCAAAACCCACGAAGACAGGAGUCAUUACGAACAAGAGCCAGUCUACGAGGAGAGAGAUGUAUAUUAUGAGCAAGAUGCGUAUUACGAAGACGAUAGAGCAUACUAUGACUAUGGGAGUGGAGGAAGUGGUAAUGGAGGUAGAUCUCGCUAGUCUGUUUUUUUCUUCUUCGCAGGAUUCAUGUCUCUAGGAAUAGAUUUUCUGCUUAAAUGUGUUACACGAAGUACAGCGGAUUGCGGGUCAUUCAAGGUAGUUCUUAACGGGUAUAUGACUCCUGUUCUCUCCUCCUGCGGGUUUAGAUCUUGGCGUAUUGAAAGCGCUUCUCCUUCUUACAGCGUAAGCAAUCGGGGUAUCUCAACAUAGAAGAACUCCGGUAUGGCAUCAUGUUACUGUCUGAUUCCUCUCAGCUGCUGACCGGGGUGGGUCGUGCACCAGAGUUCAGCCCUCUCAUGUAUUAU